AUGCCACAAGGCCUUUCAGUUGCGGCUCGAACACUGGAGAAGCCAUCGCCAUCUAGAGCGCUUGCAACAGAUGUAUUGCCAGGAGCACCAAGCGCAAGAAUUCAAGUUCCCGAGGAAGGGACAAACCAUGAUUAUGAGUUAUUCUGUCGCGUUAGUCUAGGCGACCAGUUCAAUGAUGAGAGGUACAUUGCUUUGCGGAAGCUAGGGUACGGCCAAUAUUCUACAGUUUGGCUGGCGCGUGACUUGAAGACGCAAACGCACGUGGCGGUAAAAUUUCUUAGAUCAGAUUGUUAUGAUGGCAAUCAUGACACCUACGAACUCGAGAUGCUGCAGCAUAUCCGGCAGAAAUCGCAUCUAUCUACUAAUCCUGGACGGAAUCAUGCCAUUCAACUCCUCGAUCACUUUCACCACGAAGGAGCAAAUGGAAAUCAUGUCUGCCUUGUGUUCCCCGUUCUGGGACAUCAUUUAGGACUUCAAGCCGGAAAGUUCGAGCAACAGCGUAUACCAGUAGCGGUGAUGAAAGAAGUAGCUCGGCACUGCUCCAAGGGCUCGAUUUCUUGCACCGAGAAUGCGGCAUUAUACACACAGGCUAUCAUUUCAAGCUACUUGGAGCAGACAUCAGCACGGAUAUCUCAGCGACAGAGUACAAGGCUUGGAGAUAUCGACAAGGGCAGCGAGGAGGCUCCAAUGCCGAUGCCAUUGAGUGAAGUUAUCACCACGCCAUUGAUCUCCGAAAUGGAUGAGAUUCGUGUGAGGAUUAUCGAUUUUGGAGUCUCGUCUUGGGUAAAUCAGCAUCUAUCUGACCGAAUCCAGUCACCUCAUCUUAGGGCGCCAGAAGUGAUGCUAGGCGCUCCGUGGGGCACGGGUGUGGAUAUCUGGAGUUUAGGGAGUCUCAUGAUCGAGUUUGUCAAAGGACAUCUCCCAUUUCCUGGAACCGCAUCCCAGAAUGGGACGUGGACAGCAGAGGACGACCGACUCGCACAACUCAUAGAAGUUUUUGGACCGUUUCCCGAAGCUCUCCUUAAAAGAGGUGUCAGAUCUCGCGAGUUUUUUGACGAUGAAGGGAAUCUGCUUCGCAUUCUAAAGCUUUCGCCCGCGUCUCUUCUCUCAUCUCAUUAA